GAAAAGAUUUACGCCUUUAAUUUCUAGGGUAAUAUUAAAUCCUUUAAUUUCUAGGGUAAUAUUAAAUUCUUCAAUUUAAAGAGUAAAAUUUACCCCUAUAAUUUCUAGGAUAAAAUUUACCCCUAUAAUUUCUAGGCUAAAAAUUGCACCUUUAAUUUCUGGGGUAAAAUCUUAAAGCAUUUUUUAAUAGUAUUCAACUGAGGUCUGAGUCACAAGAUUUUUUAUUUUCGAUGAAAAAUGAAUUUAUGAAUCCAAAAUAUGUGAAAAAUAUGAUGAAAUAUGAGAAAAAGUGAUGUGAAAAACCUUAAACUUAGUUUUGAUGUUAGUAGUGAGCUUGUCUUUUAACCAGAGGUUUUAGGAUACUAGGCUACAGGAGGAACAGGAUAAAAGUUCUGAGCUGGAAACAACUCUGAGUUCAACACGAAGAGAACGAAAAACUACCAAUCAGAACUUGAGAUUGUGAGAAGAAGAUAUGAGAAUCUUGCAGCUUUAGAGGAGAAAGGAUCAGAGAUGCUUAAACAGCUGGAGCAUGAGAAAAAGAAACUAAUGGAAAAACUCAAGGAGAGCAGAAGUAUCGAAGGAAAAGUAGAUGCCCUACAGCUGAUUAUAGAGCAGAGAGAUCAGAUUCUAGCGGAUAAAAAUGCAGAGAUUAAGAUCAAGUCCGCUGAGGUUGAACGUUUUGCUGCUCUACACACUGCUGACAAGAAAACUAUCCAAGAUCUAGAAUAUAAAUUCAGAUCAGUUCAGGUACACAAGAGAGAGGUUCUUGGCUCUCUGUACGAUGCGAAUACAAGCGAGCAGGUCGUUGAGCCGGAACCGGAGAAGAAUCCUGAGGUUAAUUUUGAAGAUGUAGAGAGUAAUGUUGAGAAGAAAAAGUGCAAGAUUCCAAUGGGACAUAAAGGACAGGUUCCCGGAACUGAGGUUGGAAUGACUUGGUAUAGAAGAAUCCAGCUCUCUGAGAACGGGAUCUAUCGACAACCCGUUGCAGGAAUACACGCUAGUUAGAAAUUGGGAGCCAUGUCGAUAGUUCUCAACGGAGGAUACGAGGAUGAUGUCGACAACUGUGAGGAGUUUCUCUACACUGGAUCAGGAGGACGAGUUUUAGGUGGGAAUAGAAGAACUAACGUCCAGUCUUUCGACAAGGAGAUAACUAAGGGGAAUAGAGGGUUGGCGAUGAACUGCAAUGCUCCGUCAAUGAGGACGGUAAUGAGGCCAAGGACUGGAAAGCUGGUCAACCUGUCCGAGUAGUUCGAGGUUAUAAACUGAAGAAACAUUCUCCCCAUUACGCUCCUGAAGAAG